AAGAAAAAAUCAUAAACACAAAAAUUUCUAGAUACGGCAUGAAAUUUCAUACUCUCAAAGUUCGUAUUACUCUUGUGAAUUUCAUACUCCGGAAAUUUCUACCGCGGGAAAUGGAUUUUCUUCAGUUUCCCUCCAGUUUCCGUUCUCCUUCAUCUCGCGUAACGGUGGCUUCUUCUUCGUCUCACCUCCUUCCGGACUCGCCUAUCAAUCUGCAAAUCGGAGAGUUACAGUCUUUCGAUUGGUGGUUCGCGCCAGAUCUUGUGAAUUCCAAUUCUCUAUCAUUGAAGGCUGAGGUCUUUCAGCGGAGAGGGCCUAUGAUUCCUCCUUAUAAUGUUUUGACGAUCGCUGGCUCUACUAAAGUUUUGCUUGAACUUAUGGCUUCUGGUAUUUGACGUCGUUUUUGUAAGCAAGAAAUUCCGAACUGAAUUGAGUUUGAGGAACUUCCUGGUUGGCUCUUUCCUCUUAGUUUUACUAAGAAUUUGAAGGAAUAGGAUAUGCGUUGGCCAAACAGUUUCUGAAAGCAGGUGACAAAGUUGUAAUCUGUUCACUAUCAGGGUACUAAAUGUGACGUGCGAGAAGGAGAGGAUGUAAAAAUUGUAGUCAAUUUUGUGUAGAAAAAUCUUAAAUACAUUGACAUAUGGGUAUCUACUUCAAAUUGUUCUUUCUCUUCCCCUUCCCUCCCCUUCUACAUGAAGAUCAAAUGAGUAAAUCGUGAUUUCCAUUAACUACAAUAUAAGUCUAUUUGGUAUCAAAGAAUCUAUAUGAUAUUGAACAUCUUAGAUAGGUGGCCUUUAAUGUUUGAACAUGAAUCAUAACCUCAAACCAUUUAAAUUUACUUGUCUCUUUUACUUUUAGCUGACUCGCGGUGGUGAAGAUGUCGUUAAUAUAGAAAUUUGAUUGAAAUAUUUAAAAAAAAAUUGGAAGUAGAACAUGAUAUCUCUAGAAUAAUCCACAUAAUACAGGAUUUGUGUGCAUGCAUACCCUUUUGUACUUGAGUAAAUUAGCAAACACAGUAGGGAUAACGCUAGCAAUUAUGAAAUAGUAACUAUUGAAAUGAGUAAAAGGUCGUUGUGUAUAAUGAUGCUAUUGAGAUGUUCCACUAAAGAAAUGCCUCGUGUGGAUAGCUUUAUCAUGUCAUUGAGGUUUUUUCAUACAAUUCUAACACGUGCAUGUCUGAAAAUCGUUGGCCUAUACAAUGCUUAGAUGUUUUUGGACAAAGUAUGCAUUUUCAUAGUUUACAAUUGCAAUAUUUAUCGUAUUAUAGGAAAACUGGACUUAAAAGAACAAAAAAUGUUUCAUCGUCUACUAUUUCAAUUGUUGAUUGAUUUUGGUGAGAGGAUAUGAUGAGUCUCAUACACAGUUUUUUUAUGUCUUAUAAUUAGUACUAUUUUGGUGGGAUUUUGUUUGCUUCUAUUGCUAUUUAACGUAUUGCAAGAACAAUGCAGACAAAUAAUGCAGGGUCAAAUGCUUAUAGCUUUAAGCCUUUUCUCGAGACUUCAGAUGAAGAUCUCAUGCAAUAAAGAUGAUGUUAAACAAACCUCGAGGAGGUCAUAUUUUCAACAUUGAUGAGGCUGGUUCUGAUGGGCGACCCACCCCUAGAAUGCAGAAGGCAUGAGAAACGCACAAGAAAUCUAUUGUGCAUUUGGAUGACAUCCACAAUGUGCUGCUCAUUUCAUCUCCAUUACUCGAAUAACAGAUGGAGCAAAUAAUUUUAUACCGAAACAUGUGAUGGUUUAUUUCUCUUAAGCACUUCUGAUGAAUCUAAGGAUAAAUUAAUAUGAAAUUAUUAGGAUGAGCCCAGACAGUUUGAAUAUAUGUACAAGACAAGACUUCAGACCUCCAAUUGUUUAUGGGUGGACACUACAAUCUAUGUUAGAAAAAAAAAAUUAUGGUAACGAUUGAUUUUAUAUUUUUGUUUCUCUUUUUCCUCGGUAAGACAAAUUGUUAUAUUUUGAAGGAGCCUAUUAAGGUGGGUGAGAUUAUUUACAUGCAUUUGUUCUGCUUAUAUAAUAAUAAUUGCUCCUGCACUUCUUCUUCAUGUCCGCGGCCUUUGAGUUUACAGGUCGCUGAAUACCUUGGCCCAAACAUAAGAUCUAUCCCAGCCAAUGGUUCAACAAGGCCCACGUACAUUCGUUUCCUCAGUGGACUGAAAGAUUACUCUCAAUUCUCAGUUGAGAAAUGAUUAAUUACUUCUCAAUUAAGUUGAAAUGUUUUUUUUUUCUUUUCCUUCUUCGUACCAUCAACUAAUUGUUUCGUGUUUGCCAUUUUGUUCAGAGACUUGCUUUUGGUGCUAGAAGAAACAAAUAUCUUCUAGAAUAUUGAUAAGAUCUUUAAGUACAAUUUCCCAUCCUGUAAGUUCUAUCUCUAAAGCUUCACCUUUAUUAUUCCUCAUCCAGGGGCAUGGUUUGUUCACAUUUUGUACACUGGUUAUUGAUUAAGCAUGAUGGGACCCGUUGGACUGUUCCUAAAAGACGACGCAAUGAAAUGAUGCCAUAUUGUCUUUGAUUUUUAUAUAUUUGGAAAACUGUUGUCUUUCAUUGAUUUACUUAUUAGAUGAUUAAUUGUAAUUUAUCAUUCAUAUCUACUUGAAGUUGCAGCACUAUUAUUUUUUACCAAGACCAUUUGUAGAACAUUUUCCUUUUUUAAAAGGCAACUGAAAUGGGGGGUUGGGUUAGCCCCCCGGUUCUUCAAAGCAAUAAUCGUUCUUGAAUGUUCCAGGGUGUGUAAAUUUCGGUAUGAUUUGAGUUGGUUCACUUUUAUUUUGAAUUUAUUAGGAAGUUUGGAGAUUUACACAUCUAACACUUCUUAUCCAUGAAUAAUAUUUAGGUUGACGAAUCAAGACAAGUUAACCUCAUCAAGGUAAGAUUGGCUGUGCGAAUCACACCUCAAAAGCAACUUGCGGGUAUGGCCUACAAAUUUGGGGUAUAUCAUUGGUUGCAGGACUGGAAAAAAUAAAUUGAAAUUCGAAAACGAUUAAAAUUGGAAUGGCGUUUGAAAGAAAAAAAAAACAGAGAAAAGAGAAAAGGAAUCAGAUUGGUUUAGUAAUGGAGUGUACAGUUUGAUUUAUCAAUUAAAUUAAUUGUUAAGCAGGCAAUAAUUUAAAAAUAAUAACAAGUCUUAGAUUUAAAAAUAAUGUCUUAGAUAUAUCUAUCAAAUGUAAAUUUGUGAAGAAAUAUUUGACCUUUUCUAAUUUCAAAUUGAAAAAAUGAACAAAAAGAAGAAAAAAGAACCCAAAAUGGGAAACAUGAAAUCUCCAGUACUUUUAAAUCGCUAGGCUUGGAAAUAAGUUAGGUAUCAAGCUCUUAAUUUUGUAAUGAAACAUGAGCCUUUUAGGGAUAAAAAGAAAAAAGAAGAAGCCCACUAAUAUUCUCAAUGAACAAAAUUCCAAACGGUGCUCCAUUAAAUAUUCACCCGUGACUGAAGACUCUGCUAAGAGCCGAAAAGAACAGAUAAAAUCAGAGGCUUCUGUUGUAUCGUAUUCCAAAAUGUUUCAGUUUGAUGCCAAAAGAGCUGCUUUAUGCAAUAAAAGCCCUUUUGAACGUUUGAUUUGUCAGGCUAAUAUGGCAUUAUUGCACAGAUUCUGUGCUCCCCGUGAACCAUAUGCAUUUGUUUCUAGGGAUAACUCAUCCCAUCAUAAAGUCUUCAACACCAACUCCUCAGGAAAAAUUCUCCUUCCGUCUUUUAACCUAUUUAGUAAUAUAUAUUACUGUCUCAAUCCCUCUCUAGGAAUGCAUUGAUUAACAUCGUAAUUGUGGGGACUGUUUCUGCAAUCACCUCUAAUAAUUAAUGUUAUUUUAUCAAAGAAGUUUGCUUAUAUUAUUUUAGAUUUCAUAGAUUUGGUCGGUAUGUAGAUAUCAUUUUACCACUAAAUUGGCUUUUCCGCUUAUCAUCUGUGUAGAUCAAGCUUCAAUUAUUUUAAGGUACAUAGCAUCUCAAAGGUAUUUUAUUUUAUUCAGUGCCAAGAUUGUGGUGGAAGUCCUAUGCCAUUUAAUUCGUAUUAAAUAGUCUGUAAGCCAUGUUUAGAUUCUAAUCUCUUGGGAAAGGGGAAAAGCAUCGAGUUGGAAAAAAGUAGUCGGCCUAAUCUCUGAUUAAUGUAGAAGCUUUUGGUUUAUUACAGCCACUGUACUUUUAGUUUUGUUGUUGUGAAUUAUGAAGAUCACUUCUUGUUCAUUGGGGCUUCUCUAACAAGCUUUGAAUCUGUUUCCAUCAUAAAACCGAAGAGACAGUCAGAGAAAGAGAAUUUCAUUUCUUGUUCAUGGGGGGUUUCUGCUUCUUUCUGCUCUCUGGUCUGUAACUCUUUUGGUCUCUUCUAGACUGUUCAACCGAGCAGCAGCUACUUUGCCUCUAAGCUUUAAUGGCAAAACUAAAACCAGUCUGCCAUUUCCAUCUUCUUCUGUUCGUGUUAUUGUUCUCUUUUCAUCUUUCAACUCAGCAUCAACCUUCUGAAUCCCAAUCCCUUCUGCAAAUCCGGGAACUUUUAAACUACCCUCAAGCUCUAGCCAACUUCGACAAUUUUACAGAUUUCUGUGACACUGAAUCCACUCCAUCUCUUACCAUCGUGUGCUAUGAAGGCUAUAUAACCCAGCUCCACAUUGUUGGUGAAGUGGGGCGCCCCACAUUUCAACAAAAUACUUCGGCUGAUUUUUUGUUUUCCACAUUUUCUCAGUUUCCCAAUCUGAAGGUACUAUCUCUGGUUUCUCUGGGUUUUGAGAGGCCAUUGCCUCCAACUGUUGGUAAGCUUUUAUCUCUAGAAAUACUCAACUUAAGCUCAAAUUCCUUCUAUGGCUCCAUCCCGGAGGAAAUAUCUUCUUUGAAAAGCCUACAGACUCUCAUUCUCGACUACAAUCAUUUCUCUGGUAAUAUUCCGAGUUGGAUUGAUUCCCUUUCAGUGUUAACUACCCUGAGUUUACAGAACAACUCCUUUAAUGGGUCCUUGCCAGAUUCCAUUACCCAUAUGUGGAGCCUUCGAGUUCUUUCUCUCUCGAAAAAUUCUCUUUCUGGGAAGGUGCCAGACCUCAGCAACUUAACGAACAUGCAAGUUCUCGACUUGGGAGACAAUCUUCUGGGGUCCCAGUUCCCUAAAUUACCGAAGAGGUUAAGUAUACUUGUGCUAAAAAACAACAGAUUUCGCUCGGGUAUCCCAGCUGAGUUAGCCUUCUUAUAUCGCCUUGAAAAGCUUGACAUAUCUUCAAAUAAGCUUGUUGGACCAUUCCUAGCAUCGCUUUUGGGACUUCCUUCGAUUAAGUAUCUGAAUAUUGGGGGGAACAGAUUAACUGGGCUGCUUUUACGUAACAUAUCUUGCAAUAGUGAUCUUACAUUUGUAAAUUUAUCCUCAAACCUUUUGACCGGAGACUUACCCACCUGUCUUCAGCAAUUGGAGUCCAAAAACAAUAAUGUCAUUUACACUGGAAAUUGCUUGUCAAAUAAAGACCAAGAACAGCACCCCUUAAACUUCUGUCACAACGAAGCUUUAGCAGUGAGUAUUAAGCCACAUAAUCUGGAGCAUAGGAAAGGUCAUCGUGGGGUAAUGACUUUCUUAAGAAUUUUCGGAGGAAGUAUUGCUGGGAUUAUAGUUGUUGCUCUGGUAUUCUUCACGAUGAGAAGGACGUACAAAAUGGGCGUUCUUAAAGAACCACCAACAAGGUUUGUAACAGAGAAUUCAUCUGUAACAAACACAGCCAAGCAGCUGUAUGAUGCCAAGUAUAUAUCUCAGACAAUGAAGCUGGGAACUAGCCUUCCUCCUUAUCGAACUUUCACUUUGGAUGAACUGAAGGAGGCCACCAACAACUUUGAUGCUUCGACUUUGAUAAGUGAAAGUACGGAUGGCCAGAUAUUCAAAGGGAUGUUUACUGAUGGCAGUAUAGUUGCCAUUAGGAGUUUAACUUUGAAAAGGCGGCAAACCCCUCAAACCUACAUGCAUCAGUUGGAGUUGAUAUCGAAACUACGACACAGUCAUUUGGUCAGUGCUCUUGGACACUGUUAUGAGAUCCUCCCAGAUGGUAUAACCAUCACCAGAGUAUUCUUAAUAUUCGAGUACUAUCCUUACGGAACGCUAAGAAGCCACGUAUCUGGGCUACAUGGGCAAAAGCUCUUUUGGACGAAAAGAAUAUCGGCUGCAAUUGAAGUGGUGAAGGGAAUUCAGUUCCUACAUACAGGCAUUGUGCCUGGUGUAUACUCAAACAAUCUGAAGAUUACAGAUAUUUUACUCGAUCAAGAUCUCCGUGUGAAAAUCAGCAGUUAUAAUUUACCUAUCGUCGUCGAAAACGGUGGAACGAUGAUUUCAGGAGUUUCAUCAACUGGCAGAAAAGGGAAGCGCCAUGCUAUGGAAAUGAAUCACGCAGAUAAGGAUGAUGUGUAUGACAUAGGAGUGAUUUUACUGGAAAUCAUUUUGGGAAGACAGAUCACAUCCCAAAACGAAGUUCAUGUUUCAAGAGAUCUUUUACAGGUAAGCUUAAAAACAGACGAUAUCGCUCGAAGGAGCAUCGCAGAUCCAGCAGUACACAAGGGGUGUUCGGAUGAAUCGCUGAAGACGAUGAUGGAAAUAUGUGUAAGAUGUCUCCAUGACAAGGCAGCAGAUAGACCUUCAGUAGACGAUAUCCUUUGGAAUUUGCAUUUUGCAGGACAAGUUCAGGAUUUGAGCAGAGACAACACUCAGAACAGCCAAAAUCCACCUGCUUCACCAUCACCAUCCUUAGAAAUGCCUUAAAAAGAAGAUGGUACGUACUUACAUUCAUGAACUUGUAAAGCAUCUUAUUUUUCAAGCCCAAUACAUUUAUCUUCUUAGGGAACAAUUGUAGCCUUCUUAUAUUCCACAUUACACUACCUUAUCCACUUGAAUUUGAUCGUUCAAUUAGUCGAAACCGAGAAACCGAACGUCAGUAAUAGUCAUGCACCAAUUUGAAUCAAUGAAGAUGAAAUCUGAUAGAUAACAGGUGGUGUAUAACUGAAA